AUGUCCCGUUGCAACUCAGCAGGUGAUGCAGUGUCGAAGCUGCCAGGGGCCACUCUUGACUCAGUGCUAGAAAAUUCUCAUGCGAGCACGCUGUGCCUGCCCUGGGAGCAAGGGGUCUUUGCAGACAUCUUCGGAGACUCAUCAAGCAGCGCUGUUCCUAGCAUUCCGAGGCAUGCUGAGGCUAGGGAGUCCCUUCAGGAGAGCAGCGCACUUCCUGCUGAUGAGCCUGCCUCUCUGCUUCCGUCGCAUCCUAGUGCGGCGAGUUGCGAGCAAAUCUUCUUGAAGUUUGCAGUGCGUGCAGUGAAUCGAAGAUCCCGACUGAGCGACGACGACAUCUUUGAGCUUCAUGUGCAGAGGUUCGAAUUGGUGUUGGCCCAUGCUUAUGAGGCUUCCAUUCUUGGACGAGGCUUCAAAGAUGAUAUCCUUGAGAGGAGGCAGCACAAAGUUCGUCUUGCUCUAGGUGGCAAGGCGCCCCGUACCUUGCAGAAACGUUUUGGCCAGGCGGCUAAGCUCCUCAAGUGGGCCAACUCGGAAUCCUUAAAGGGUUUUCCCAUUGAUGCUCAGAUUGUUGAGGAGUACCUUCGCUUCCUGUGUGAAACCACAUGCAAGCACUCCGUGCUGACUGGGGCCAUAGAGUGCUUUGCCUUCCUCCACCACGUGUUGGGGGUGGACAUGGACCCAGGUGCUUGUAAGACUCCAAUUGUGCAAGGCAUCUUGCGGAAAGCCAGGCUUGAGCGGCCGGAGAAGCAUCAAGCCCGCCCCCUUCUUGUUCUCGAGGUGCUGGCUUUGGAGGCGGCUCUCGUGGACCCGACCAUCUCUGCCAUAGACCGCUUCUGCAUAGGUGCAUUCCUCUUCGCACUUUACGGGAGGGCCAGAUUAGGAGAUCUUAAGAUUUUGGAUUGCUUCCUGCUUGACCUUCUUGAUGACUCUGGUGACAGCUGUGGGGGCUUUUCCAAUGUGUCAGCCGAGACGGACAGCUUUGCCCAGUGGCUGCAGGACAUCCUAUCCGCUCUGCCGGGCUACUCGGGUGAGAGGGUGACAGGGCAUUCAGCCAAGGCGACGCACCUGUCCUGGUUAGGGAAGGCUGGCACGGAUCUCGAUACUCAGACGAUCUUGGGGCACCAUGUCUUGGUGGGCCGAAAUUCGGCUCUGACCUAUGCCAGAGACACUCAAGCCGCUCCUGUCAGGCAGUUCGAGGCUCUCUUGAGAGAUGUCAGGCAAGGGGUUUUUCUUCCGGACGCCACUCGGUCCGGACGAUUCGUGUCCCAGGCAAGGGUUGCAAGCACUGAUCAUGUAAGUGAACCGGGAGCUGCAGUUCGUGCACUUGAAGGAGUUCAGGCAGUCGGCGAGGCAUCUGUGGACAACAGUGAUUGCAUGCCGUCUUUCUCCUUCCCUCCUUCUCCCCCUGCAGUUUUGCCCGAGCAGCCUGAUGAUGCAUUCUUUCCUUCGCCUUGCCCCCACAGCGAGCCUCUUGAUACAGAAGAGGCGGCAGAAGCUUGGCUUAGUGAGAGGGCUUGGUAUGCCGAGGCAGCGCCUUUCUCUGAGGACAAUCUUGGGGAGGGUCCAAUCGAGGAGCCGGCAGAUUGCAGCGGAGGCGAGAGCGGUUCCUCCAGCAGUGAUUCGUCUUCUGAAGCUUCGAUCGAUGAGAAAGUUCAAGCAUCGGGGGAUCGUGCCGGUGAGCUCCAGCCUAGGAAGGUCAAUGAGUGCUUAAUGUACAGGCGCCGCAAUACGAGGACGGUCCAUCUCCUCCCGGCGGGAUCGUCCUCUGGCCGAUUCGUGUGCGGGCGUGAGUACAGUGACUCAGUCUUCGCCCCAGUUUGUGGAGAUGUGCAUCUCCGAGCACUGGAGUGCAAACAAUGCUACAAAGGGAAGCCUUUGCGCGACAUCGGGGCCCUCAACCAUGCCCUC